CUACGUCAAGUGAUGGAAACGGAUGUAGGCAUCUCCGAGUACGUAGGACGAGAUGUCCCACCGAUUAACGGUAUCAUCAAGCAGAGGUUUACGGAUUUCUUGGUUUAUGAAGUGGACCUAGAUUAUAAAGUCGUGCACAUCAAGUCCCUCGAGAUGGCAGAAUCGUCUCAGAAAAAGAACGAGCCAGCAGUGCAAGAAGCUGCGGGGACAGGAAGUACGAAGGAUGAAGAGCAGAUCACAGUGGAAGGGGUGGAAGCGUCGAAAUCUGAUGAACCAGGUCAGGUCAACAAAGAGAAACGUCAUGGUGGUUUACUUGCGCCAUAUAUGUCUGAAGAUGCUAUCAUUCAGCUCAAGCAGAUGUAUUUGGAGGGUCCAGAACCUCCAAGGACCACAUCGAAAGAAACUCGAACUGCCUUGCACAAAGUUGUACGUGACCUGUUCGGUGGAAAGCUAGAAAGCGAGACGGAUACAACUAGCCCUGCGAGUGAUGAUGGUUCUCGUAUAGUUAUCAAGUGGUCAAAGCGCGGAGGUGGUCGAGGAGGACGAGGGGAGCGCGUUCCCCGAGGCACAUACCCACCCUACAUUCACUUCACUCUUCAAAAGACGAACCGCGACACUCAAGAUGCCCUAGCGCAUCUUUCUCGGACGCUCCGUGUCAACCUCAAAGAUCUUGCCGUGGCCGGUACAAAGGACAAACGAGGUGUCACCGUUCAACGAGUGUCCUUGCGACGUGGCAAUAAGACCGUUGAAGAUUCUAUGCAAGAUAUCCUCACUCAACGUGGUGAACGAGGUGUGAGGAUCGCCGAUUUAAAUUAUCGUAAAGCAAGCUUGGAUCUGGGCAUGCUUAAAGGAAACGCUUUCUUGAUAACCUUACGGAAUGUGCAAGUAGAUUCUGUAGAGACGUUGGACCGGUCUCUAAGCAUCAUGAAGUAUAAGGGCUUCAUCAACUAUUACGGUAUGCAGCGCUUUGGAACAGCAGCAGUUCCAACCCAUUCCAUCGGGCUAGCUUUCCUUAAAUCAGACUGGCACAAAGCUGUAGCGCUCAUCCUUCAGAAGAGACCUGGAGAGCACCCUGACGUUGUUGCCGCUCGAGAGGCAUGGCUCAUCGACGGGGAUUUAGAACGUGCCCUUGACCUGAUGCCAAGGCGUGUCGUGGCGGAGAGGUGCAUACUCGAAAGCUACCAAAAGCAAAAAGGUGAAACGAGGAACGCCAUGGGGGCCCUUUCAACGAUUCCACGCAACUUGCGUCUGAUGUACAUCCAUGCGUAUCAAUCUUAUGUUUGGAAUGCCAUUGUCUCGGAGCGUAUUCGCAGGCAUGGUUCGGAUAAGCCAGUACCCGGAGACUUGGUUUUUGAGAAGGACACUAAUAGCAAGGUUGGUGAUGGUGGAGACAUGGACGUUGAUGGCCCUGAUGGAGAGCCAGGCACGGACGAGAAACCACUCGAAGAGGCAGAGAACACUGUGACGCGGUCGCGCAAAAAACCAUGGGUAGCCCCACGAGUGAAAACAUUGACAGAGGAAGACGCCGACCAAUACUCGAUCUUCGAUGUCAUCAUGCCAUUACCUGGCAAGGAUGUAGCUUAUCCAGGCGGUGAACUAGGGGAGCAAUAUCGGGAAUUCCUGCGGAGGGAUGGACUGGACCCUGAUAAUUAUGUCCGCAAACAAAAAGAAUACAUCCUUGGUGGCUCCUACCGCAAAAUCCUUUUACUACCCAAAGACGUCUCGUGGUCUGUAUUAAGAUAUACGGAUCCAGACGUUGCUCUUGCUCAGGCUGACGAAGACAAGCUCCUUGGGUUCGACCCACCUGUGGUGGUGGAGGAUGGCAAAUUUAUGGCCCUACAAAUUAACCUUACUCUAGAGACCGCCGCAUAUGCCACGAUGGCACUUCGCGAAGUGACCAAGACAGAAACUAGUUCACACUUCCAAACCGGCCUCACACAGGCUUCUGAAGAUCAGAAAUUUCGUGGGACUGCAGACACUGAAGUUGAGGCUGAGGGGGUUUCAUAAAGGUGAUAGCUCUGACACAAAUACGAUAUUGUGGUUAUAAAUGUAUAUCGUUUGUCACGAUACUAUUGAAACCAUGUUUCACGACAAA